UCCUCUUCCCUUUCCCUCACCCUUCUCUAAACCUCUCUCUCUCUCUACAAUUUUAUGAGCCAUGGUCAAACCUGGAACUCUCACCAAGCUAAAGUCAGCCAUGAAACGAUGGCCCUCGAUCGCCAAGCUCGGCCGAAGCUCUAGCUCAGUAUCGGUUGCCACGGUCUACGUCGGUAAGUCCCGACGACCCUAUUUCGUUAGGCUCGAUGUCAUAGCACACCCUUUAUUUCAAGAGUUGGUUGACAAGUCGUCACCGGACGAAGGUGGUGCGGUGGUGAUCUCUUGUGAAGUUGUCAUGUUCGAGCAUUUGUUGUGGAUGUUGGAGAAUUCCGCAGCGCAAUUGAGCUCGACAGAGGAACUCGUCGAGUUUUAUACUUGCUGACUUCGCGACGGUGACGGGGAAUGAAAUCCAUAAUCCGAAGUCGAAUAACUUAAUUACGGUGUAAAGAUGUUGGUACCUAAAGUUUGUUCAGAAGUUGAUGGUUGCUGGGAUGUUUUUUUUUUUUUUUUUUUUCGCUAAGUUUGUGAUAAUUAAUCAUUGUUAAUUAUAAAAUAUAAUUCAAGA